AUGCAUUUAAUAUUAAUUUUACUUCAGCUCGUCUUUUCUUUUCCUUCUUAUCUAUACUUCUCCCUCUUCUUCUCUCCCAUUCUUCCUUUUUGUCUUUCUCUUAAUCUCUUCCUUUUCCUCCUCACUUUCUCUCUCCUUCUCCCCGCACUUUAUCUCUCUUUCUUUCUAUUUCUUUCUUUCUUUCUUUUUCAUUCUUCCCCUAUUAUCUAUCUCACUCCAUCUCUCCUUCCCCGCUUCCUUUCUCUUUUCUUCUCACCAAUUUUCUCUAUCAUUUUCUCUCUCUAUCUCUUUACGUCUCUUUCCUUUUUCCUCUUACUCUCUCAAUUAUUAUCUCGCUUUUUUCUUUCCUUUGCACUUUCUCUCUCUUUCCCUAUUCUUCUUUUUCUCUUUCUCUUCUUUUUUCAUCUUCCCUUUCUCUCUCUCUCCUUUUCCUUUUCUCUCUCUUCCCUCCAUGUUUUUUUCUCUUCCUUUUCUCUUUUUCUCUCCUUCUCUUCCUUUUUUUUCGUUUUUCUCUUCGUUUUUCUCACUUAUUUUCUCUCUAUCCUUCUUUUUUUAUCUCACCUUAUCUUAUCUCCCCGCCAAAUUUCUUUGUAG